CAUUCGCAUUUGGAGAAAUCAGCUAGAAAACUGUCAUUUUGUGUUCAUUUUGUCAACAUCGCCAGUAGAUAAAAGCUAUUUGUUUGUUUUUGAUAUGUCAAUAUCUCCUCAAUUUAUUGAAGGAACAAAAAGUCGAUUCAUUUCUAAAUAAGACUAUAACAAUCAGAACAGUGCUUUUAAUGACAACGGCGUAACACAAACGAUAAUGAUCGAGUACACGUAAAUUUAUAUUUUUCUUACAAUUCUAAACAGAAAAGAGAUAAUGCAUUGUUGUUUGAUAACAAUCAAGCCUGCUCCAGUUUCACAUUGAGGUCGCAAAAAGGUACGUCGCAAUCAUGUCUUUUUUCAAGAAUGUCGCCUCGGGGUUCACAGUCCGCAGCCGCGAUUCAUUGCUCAAAGAGGCGCUGAUAAACAAUUUGUCAGAAAGUGUUAAGGACAUCCAGUACAGCAACCAGUUUGAAGAAAACUUUCACAGCGUUCUAGGUUCAACUGACUCUACUAAUACAUUGUGUAUGGCCCUAGAGGCAGUAUUCCUACAUGGUUUGAAGGACACUUUCUUGAGAAAGGCAAAAAAUGUUCUCACAGGCGAUUCUGAUCAAGUGCCACAACCUAAUUUUUGGCCACUUGUACUUGUAUUGUCCCACAGAGAAAACAUUGACCAGAUAUCAUCUCUGCCUCAGAUAAAUACUGAAAUUGGUCAGUGUAGAGCCUGGCUCCGAAUAGCUUUGAAUGAAUGCUUGUUGUCCUCUUACAUGUCAACUUUGUUAAAAAAUAUAUCAGCUGUAAAACCUUUUUACAAUAAAACUGCAUUUGUAUGUGACCCAGAAAUUUUAGAAGUGGGUCAAAAACUUAUAGAAGGUCUGGAGACAUGUAUUCAGUUUAACUUGCCUAUAAACUCUAGUUUGUUGAACUACUGGCCAGAGCAAGUGUUGAUGCUGGCUGGUGUAUGGGUGCCUAAAGUUAGGCAAGCACCAAUCAGUGCUGCUUUGGAUGUGGCUAGCACCAUCACUGAUGAGGAAGUAAAACCCAAGUUAGCUUCUACACCCACACACACCUCCAGUAUCACAGGACUGGGUCGGUUGCUGGCAUUAGAUGAAGAUCAAGCAUUGGACUUUAUUUUAUCAAAAGAUUUAAAAGAUAUUACCAGCCAAUGCUUAGAGCCAGAGAUAGCAGAAAAAUCACUACCUGAACCAGUUAAGACAGAAACUGUACCUGAAGAUCAAGACAAUGAGCUAACUGCAUUAGAUAUUGAAAAGCCAUCUACAAGUCAACAACUGAAGGAUAUGGCCUCUCUCUCACCCUCAUCUAUAAACUCUGAAGAUUUUGUUGCUCCCACAGAGGUAUUAGUCACUGGCAACUCACUGUGUGGAAAAGGGUGGUCAACUGACAACAAUGAUGAAAUGAAUGCAUCAAUAACUUCAAACUCAUCUCAUGGCAGUAGUAUGAUAAAAACACCAGAAUUAAAAAGUCUGUCUUCAUUGGUUGAUAACUCUAAUAAUUUUGGUGAAACAUACAACAAUACUCCUAACCUGAGAGAUAUUAUGAAGGACAUUCAUAAAGAGCUGAAGCUGAACUCUGAAGAUAAUGAUGUUGGUGAUUUAAAAGUGGAACCAGUCUCACCUGAAGACCCAAUGCUGCAAGUCUUAGAUUUUGAAGUAGUUCCCAACUCUAUGACUACAUCCUUUACAGUUCAAGAAGUACAAAACAUGAUAUCACAGUUGGGAACUCUGUCAAGAGAACAGGGGCUCGACCAUCAGAACUAUCAGUGUAAGGGCUGCCAAGACCUGUUAGGUAGCACCAUAUCUAAGGCAAAGGUGUGUGCCUAUACUGGAGAGUACUACUGCUCAAAUUGCAUGGACCCUAAUGUGUUCAUUAUCCCAGCUAGAGUUAUACACAACUGGGAUUUUAAAAGAUACCCUGUAUCUAAGAAAUCUGCUCUUUUUCUGUUGGAAUUCCAACAUCAUCCUUGGAUAGACAUGAAGAAGCUGAAUCCCAAAAUAUAUAAUGGUGUGUCAGACAUGGCUCAGUUACAGGAAUUAAGAAUACAGCUGAACUUCUUGAGGGCCUACAUAUUCACAUGUAGGGAACCUGUCAUUGAGGAGUUGCAGAAGCGUGUGUGGCCACGAGAAUACUUAUAUGAUCAUGUUCACUUGUACACCAUAUCUGACUUGGCCCAGAUACCCAAUGGCUCCCUAGCCCUGCAGCUAGAGAAAGUCGUUAAUUUUGCAAAGACCCAUGUACUGGAAUGUUGGUUGUGUAGUCAAAAGGGAUUCAUUUGUGAAGUAUGUCGCAAUCCAAAAAUAUUGUAUCCAUUUGAGACCAGCACAACUUACCGCUGUGAUGAAUGUUCGAGCGUGUUUCACGCAAAAUGCUUGAAUUCCAGCAUUCCUUGUCCGAAAUGUAAGAGAAAGCAAAAUCGUACAAAUGAGGCAUCUUUAAUUGAAGCUGUACAUUCACAUUUUGUCAAAUAGAAGCAGAAUUAAUAAGUAAACAUCUCACUGGGGUUCAGUACAAUAGUGUUGCAUUUUAUAAUUUCUAAUAAAUAUUUGAUCAGUUACAAAAAGAUUGAUCAACUAAACAUUACUAUUGAUGUUCGUUCUAAUCUGUUUGCUUUAAAAUGUACAAAUGGGUUUUAAUUGAUUAACUUAAGUACUAUAGAAGUACAUGCCUAUAUUAUAACCAAAUAUAAUUUUAAGAUAUAAUAAAAUAUAAAUAUGUAACUAUGUAAUAUAUUCAGAAUUGUUUUAUGAAUAGAUAAAUGUAUUUACAAAUAUAUUUCUAACUAAUAUAAUUUCAAACUUUUGGCUUCUGUGUUAACUAAUGUGAUAAUGAUAUACAUAUAAAUAUUUAUCUAGAUGGGACCUACUUGUAAGUUGCAUAUUUGUAGAUUGUAUUUUUAUAAAUUAAAGCAACUAUUGUUUUAUAUUAUGUUAUUGUUUUAGAUAUAUCUAUGUAGUUUAGGGCUCCCUUACUGUAACGUUUUUGCAGGGUAGGCGUAGCGUUUUGCCAAUAAACAAUUUGCGUUUUGGUGGCACAGACGAUCAUUAGACGUCUACGCUGAAAAAAUGUCAGUAGUAAGGGGACUUAGGGUUGCAGAUUCAUUAGUUCAGUAAGCAACAAAAGUCCGUAAACACUGCUGUAAUUAAAAAGAGUCAGAAUAGAAUCUGUUAUAAUAAAAAGUUACUGAAGCCGCCAAUACUGUAGAGCUCGCUGAACAAUUGCGACAGUUCAUAGAUAUGACAUUGUUUAUCGACUUUUUUUGCUGACUGUACCAUUCGGAGCUUGUGUGUCAAUCAUGGAAACAGCUUGGUUUAAGCAUUCUAUAAAAAUCUAGGCUAACCUGAGUAAUUCUUCAUGUGUGAGAUAUUUAUGACACCAGUUUCAAUAGAACUAAUGAUAUAAGAUAUUGUAAAACUGAGGAAUAAAAUAAAUAUAACUGUUACAUAGGAGGUAUGUAAUAUCAGAUAAUAUUUUUGCAAUAGAUUUAGAUGUCCAUAGUUUCUUAUGAUUGUAAUUUUUGCUGCUAAUAUAGGAUUAAUACAUUUUAAAAUUGACUGGGUUUUCGCGGUGUAAUUUAUAAAAGUGAUGCCUGCUGCCAUUCUUGGUGACAUCUUUAUUUUUAUAAGUUCUUAUUCUUUGUAACUGUCAUAAUAUUAAUUAAUUAUUAUCAUAUCAUUAUUAUGAUGGACAAUAGCGCUCAGCUGGAGUCUUCGUCAUUAAAGUAAACUGCGAAUUA